CCUGGGGUCCCCAGACCUGUUGGCAAAACCAUGUCUUAUGAAGGAGUGUCAAAGUCAAUAAUCUCUGAGGAGAUGAUGUUUCACCGGGAGGGAGCCACCAUGGAGAAGGUCCUUCUUGGUUCCGCUAGAUGGGCCUCCUUAGGAGAGGGGACACGUAGCAUUCCCUGCCUCCCUGCUCUGGUGGAUUAAGUAGAUUUGAUUGGGAAAAGAUGGUGCUUCAAAUAACCUGGUCCCAAGACAUGUAGGGCUUUUGAAGUGACAACUAGCAUCUUGAAUUGGACCCCAAAGCAAAUCAACAGCCAAUGUUUUUCUCAGUUGAUACAUAUGCACAUCUAGGCCUGCAUAAAACCAUGCAUGCAUUUUGAACCAAUUGAAGCUUCUGGAUAUUUUUCAAGGGUGUUUCAAUAAUCAAGACGGGAAGGCACGGGUGACUCUGAGCAGGGAUUUUUGGUCAAGGAAAGGGUAUAACUGGUGUACAAACUGCAGUUGCACAAAGCGCCUCCUGGUCAAGACUGCCACCUGCUCUUUAAGCAGGAGUUAUGAGUCUCUAGAACUCCCAGAUUAUAUUUAAAUCUUUGAAAAUGCACUUUGAAAAAUGUAUCCAAGAUUAAGGGAAGUAUCAAAUGUACUAAUCAAAGUACAAGAGGCAGAACAUGGAGCAUUCUUGUAAGCGAAUUCAGAAUAAGGUUUAAAAAAAGUAACAUAUAGCAAGUAAUGUUACCUUGUUCAUCUGUAGUUGGUGAACUACAACCAUCAACAUCUCUCACUAUCAAGCCUGCUAGCAAAAGCACCUGGAAAUAAUUCAGCAACAUCUGAAGGGCUGCAGGGUAUCUGUCUCAGAGGACUGCUUGCUGGGAUCCAUUUUUCAAAUAGCUGAAUUGAAAACUGCAUUUGCUAAACAGCUUCUUUACUGUACAGUACUACCUGUUUGGGUCUUUCCUGCAACUAGAGGGUGAAGAUGCUGAUGCUAUUUAAUAAACAAUUGAACAAACUGAUUUUCUAAAUUAAAAAUCUAUUAUAGGUGUCCAUUUUAAAACAUUACUUCGUUCCUUGGAACAUGAAAAGGCUCUAGCCUCGUGAUUAAGGCUGGAGACCUACAACUUGAGCGCAGAUGAGCUCCAUUAACCAUAGAGAAGAUGAGCAGUAUCUUAUGGCAUGAUGUCUCAUGAAAACGAGUCUCUUUCCAUAAAUCUUGCAGUUGUCUUUAAGAACACUCUUUUCUCCGAUUUUGCCACUUGAAUUGCUUAGCAGAAAGGUUUACAUCAAUUUAGGCUUGGCAAUCAAAUAAAAGCUAUCCCCGUGUAAUUUCUUGCGGCUUCUGUCUGACCUGCGUCUCUCUAAGCACCGAGCCAUAGCCGUUUGCUAGCCUUAGAACGUUGAACUAAAAAUAUUUUGAUUAUAGCGUCAAACGCCAUGGAAACGUUCCCCCUCCCCUUCCCACCGCACCCCGAACAUCGGCAGAAACCUUUUGCACGCCACUUCCCCCGUUACGACAAUGUAGGAACCAUCCAAGACAACUAACCAUCCAGAGAAAUGUUUGGUAGCAAAGCCACACCCACCUACAUUCAGGGACCAAUGAAAGUAAAGUUAGGCGGGCGAGCCGUAAGUCAUCCGGCGGACGUUAAGUUCGAAAUGACCAAUAGUUAAACAAAGUGGGAAGUUUAAAUCCUGAAUGGCGGAAGGAGCCGGAAAAGUUGGAGUCAGAGCAGUGCACUGCAUCCCUAUGGCACAGUUUCUGUUUGAGAGUGAUUUGCACGGGCUGUUGAAACUUGAUGCCCCAAUACCAAAUGUCCCUCCUGCACGAUGGCAGCGUAAGGCUAAGGAUGGUGCUGCUUCCAGCAUUGGAACUGCCUCAGAUGCUGCAGCUCCUUCACCUAUGAAACCAGCUAACAGGCCUCAUAGUACCAGCAAGACGCCUUCCAAAACACCAGGUAAGUCUGGUUCCAAAUCACAAAAUACUCCAAACAAAACUGGAGGCGAUAGAUACAUCCCUAAUCGUAGUGCUAUGCAAAUGGAUGUGGCCAAUUUUCUCUUAACCAAAGAGGAAUCAUCUGAGGAGACACCCACCAAGAAGGAGCAUCAGAAAGCCUGGGCAAUGAAUCUUAAUGGUUUUGAUGUUGAAGAGGCAAAAAUCCUGCGACUAAGUGGAAAACCUCAGAAUGCCCCUGAAGGAUACCAGAACAAUCUCAAAGUGCUUUAUAGUCAGAAGAGCACACCAGGCUCCACAAGGAAGAUAAAUAGAUACAUAGCCUCUGUGUCAGAGCGGAUUCUAGAUGCCCCAGAUAUUCGAAAUGAUUACUAUCUGAACUUAGUUGAUUGGAGCUCCCUCAACUUUUUGGCCGUGGCUCUGGAUAAAUCAGUUUAUCUAUGGAAUUAUGAUUCUAGAGAAAUAAUCCAGCUCAUGCAAAUGGAAAACCCUGACGACUACAUCUCUUCUGUUUCAUGGAUCAGAGAAGGAAAUUACCUUGCAAUUGGCACAAGUAAUGCUGAGGUCCAGUUAUGGGACAUCCAGCAGAAAAAGCGUCUACGAAAUAUGGUCAGUCAUUCAUCCCGUGUGAGUUCUUUAAGUUGGAAUAGCUACAUCCUGUCCAGUGGAUCACGGACUGGUCACAUACAUCAUCAUGAUGUCCGUGUGGCAGAACACCAUGUGGCAACACUUGCUGGUCAUACACAAGAAGUAUGUGGGCUAAAAUGGGCACCUGAUGGCCGUUACUUGGCCAGUGGAGGCAAUGAUAAUCUUGUAAACAUAUGGUCAAUUGCUCAAGGGGACAACUGGUCACUACCUCCUGUGCAGACUUUUACACAACAUCAGGGAGCUGUUAAGGCUGUGGCUUGGAGUCCAUGGCAAUCCAAUGUGCUGGCUACAGGAGGUGGAACAAGUGAUCGCCACAUAAGGAUCUGGAAUGUGUGCUCUGGGAGUUGCCUCAACACAGUAGAUGCACAGUCCCAGGUCUGUGCCAUAUUAUGGUCUACAAAUUACAAAGAACUUGUGUCUGGUCAUGGCUUUGCUCAAAACCAACUGGUAGUGUGGAAAUACCCAUCUAUGUCAAAGGUCACGGAGUUGAAAGGUCACACUGCUAGGGUGCUAAGCUUAACUAUGAGCCCAGAUGGAACCACAGUUGCUUCAGCAGCAGCAGAUGAAACACUGAGGCUUUGGCGCUGCUUUGAGUUGGACCCAGCACGUAAGAAGGAGAAAGAGAGCAGUACUAAAACCAGCAUUAUCCAUCAAGGAAUUCGCUGAGUUUCAUCCAACUCCCUUCCAAUCUAUUGCUUUAUGUACAGAAUUUUAAACUAUUAAUAAAUACUUCACUCUCCUUUAGAAAUAGUGUUGGUAUAUGGAUUGAAAUAUGAAUCACAAAUGGUGUGAAUUACUUUAAUUGGUAUUGGCUGUUUGCUAGGACUUGGCUUGUAUAUUACUGUAAUAAAAAUAAACUAUUGAAUCUAUUGAAAGAAAAUAAAGACCAGACUCUCCUCCUGAUCCAACCGAUAAUAUAUUGUUCCUUCUCAAAAUCACCAUGACAGCUUUAUCACUAGGCAAAUUGUCUUAGGUUUGGUCUUUUCUUUGCUUUUGAGGAACAAUUUAGUUUUCCUCGACAGAUUAGGUUCCUGAACUAUUAAUUUGGGAUUUGAAGUAUGUUUUCAAGUCAUAACUGAAGCUGGUGCCUCUAUGCACCAGAUGCAGAACCCACAUACCAUGUAGGAUGAAUGUGACAGUUUAUCGACCUCAAAUGCAACAUCCUGUUAUGGAGAAACACUGUUUUAUUGGGAAAUACAUAACUAAAAAUUUUGUCUUGCCAACUAUUGUUCCCUUACCAAACAGAUAUUGGAAAUUCACUUAGCUGAACUCAGUAAUUUUACUGAACUAUGUGGGCUGAUACUUAAGAUUGCUCUUCCAAAACUAUUUUCUUUGAAUUCAGCCUCAGCAGUUAAGGAAUAGCUUAUCCUGAGAGUUAAUCAUUCCACUCCUUUGUUAUUUCUUGCACUUCUUUUAUACUCAAGGCAUUCUAAUAUUCCAAAUGCUGGUGGACGAGUCUAGCCUUUCUGUGGUUUUGGUUUUUUGUUUUUUGUUUUUUUGCCUCAAUCAAAUCAACUGUAACCCAAAAUGUCCUACAAAUGAUUUUACUGCCUUCUGAUUGAAUGGAAGCUGUAAAAAUCCAAGCCUAAUCAAGACCAAUAUUAGCCUCAGCUCAUCUUUGCCAAGUACACUAGAGUUUUUCCAAGAUUCUUGGCUUAUGCAAAAAUAUGAAAAUCAUCUGUUAUUAAGUAAUCAAAAUGACUAGAAAUUAUUAGACAAUUGCCAUUUUGGCAGAUAAAAUCUGUUGUGUAACUAUUUUGACGGUUGGGAGUCGGGCAGUGUACAAAUUUAAUAAAUAACAAAAAGAUGCAGUAAGAUUAUAAUUCAGAUUACACGAAUAAAGUACAUUUUUAAUAAA